UCCUCUUGGGGGGCAGCUAUAAAUUGCAGAGGCAACAUCGUGCUGAUCUUAUUCUUACGAACAGCAAAAAGCCAAGACCAGAGCAAAUUUAACGAGAUGGCGCCUUGGUCUGAGUACCAUCAUCGGUCGUCGACGAUGCUCGGGUGUCUUGCAUUGACAAGAGUCCUUUUGCUCCUCAUCGCCGGCGACGGAGGUGGCGGCCUCCAAGGAUGGGAUUCUGGCGCCCAUGCCACGUUCUACGGCGACAUCCAUGGCAAUGACACCAUGAUGGGAGCUUGUGGGUAUGGAAACCUGUUCGAGCAAGGAUAUGGACUGAAGACGACGGCCCUAAGCACGGUCCUCUUCCGCAACGGAGCGACUUGCGGAGCCUGCUAUGCGAUAAUGUGCAUCCAUUCCCCCUGGUGCUUACCUGACCGGCCCGUCAUCCGGGUCACCGCCACCAACUUUUGUCCGCCCAACUACACCAGGGCGACCGAGGUUUGGUGCAACCCGCCCCAAAAGCACUUCGACCUCUCCAUGCCCAUGUUCCUCAAGAUCGCUCACUACCGUGCCGGGAUCGUGCCCGUGGCGUUUCGCAGAGUGAGGUGCGAUCCGAAGCGAGGAGGGAUUAGGUUCGAGAUGAAAGGGAACGAGUGGUGGCUGAUGGUGCUGGUGUACAACGUUGGGGGAGACGGGCAAGUGGUGGACGUGAAGAUCAAGGGGACGAGGACGGGUUGGGUUGGGAUGAGUCGGAAUUGGGGUCAGAACUGGCAAACCUGGGUCGUCCUCAGAGGCCAGGCCUUGUCCUUCCGGGUCACCACGAGCGACGGCAAGGUGAUCCAGUCCGACAACGUGGCACCGCCUGAUUGGAUGCCUGGCCGGACUUAUGAGGGCAGAAAUUUCCCCGAUUCUUACUUCUACUCCAAGUUUGGAAUACUGCCUUCCAAAUAAUUAUUCGUGAUGAUUUUGUUUUUUUUA